AAUCAAAGAUCUGAAUGCCUGGCCACAGUCCGUGGCCAUCAAGUGCCGCUUGAUCGAGAUUUUGGUCUACGUUGUCGCGCUGGCGACCAUCAAGUCGUCUGUCUGGAUUCCUCUCCGGCCUAUUGCUUCAAUCAAAAGAUCGAUGGAAUUGGCGGUCUGGGUUUUGCUCUGCUCCAGCGUCAAGACGGGCGUCUGCUGUUUUACAAGCUCAAUCCCAGCAAUACGUCACUUCUUCCAGCACAGACGCGCCUGCGGCUCGGAUCCCAACAGUAAGCGCCAUGCAUCAACAUUCAUCACCCGAGGUCCCAGUUUGCGCCAAACAAAAGGUCGCGACUCCACAGAUGUCGGCUUCAGCCUCGCUACUGUGCGCCACGGGCGUGACAAAGAUGCUUGGGAACAGAUCAACGACGGAGCGUCCGACAGCAACACUGCUCCAAUAAACAACGAGAGAAUCUACGCCUAGAAGACAUACACAGUCAAUUUUGAGUCGACUUGAAGAGUCGGAA